UCUUCUAUUAGGUAUUUUCGAGGGAAAACGAAGUGUUCCGUAUUUUUAUAUGUGAAAUCUCGCGAUCUCCUCUUCUCAACUUCAGGGUGCUUUUUGCAAGUUGUUGUGGCAUGGCUCACGACCUCAUCGCGAAACCACGUCGUCCUGUGUGGACCACCGGCAAUUCAGAUGAUUCUGACGACGAUGAAGACGCGGAAUUUGCUGAAAAGUGUCAGCAGCCUAAGGAAGACGCAGUCGAUGGUGGUAUACAAUCAGAGAAAUCUUCGCCGAACGAGAUCUUCUCAACAGUUCCAGGGGAAAAAUAUUUCCACCGUGAGAAUACUUCAGCAGAACCCGAUGUUAAAGUUUUCACCUCUUCUGCAACGUUUCGCAGUUCAUCGGAUUCCGAGGAAAGUGGGAAUCAGUCUAACGAAGAACUUUGCCCAGAACUGUUGAACCAGAAAGAAGUAGAUAAACUUAGUGCCCGUUUUCGGCACGGUUCACGCCAUUCCAUUGUGGAUUCCUUUUGUCUUUACAAGAGUAAUCAGAGUAAAUCAAAGGGUGCUGGGGAUUACGUGGAGCAUGUGAUCUUGACUCCAAAUAAGCUAGAAACGCUUCGGAAGAAACGAUCUGUUUCGACACCAAAUCUGAGUCCGAAGGUAUCGACGGAUUGCUCCAAAGAUCUUGACUUCGGGAAGCCGUCGACAAAACCUGGACAUGUCUUCAGAGAAUGGAUAGAUAGCCAUGCGGUUUCAGCCAAGAGGUCGCUUCUACCUCCAACUCCUUACGAUGCAAAGCAGUUGAGCUCGGUAAAAAAUACUGCCCAGGAAACCCCGUUCCAAGCGAAACAUCGAUCUUAUAGGAAGCAGGUUGACAAAGAAAAUGCCGCCCCGCAAAUAAAAUUACCCCUACAAGAAAAGCACGGCUCUCUGUUGCCUCACAAAUCAGCAUUUGGACAAAACCUACGAAAUACGCGAACCUUCGCCCCAAGUCCAGCUCCGCAUGUUCCGGGAAUAUUCCAUGGACAGGAACAUUUUCGAACUCCUUCUCAGCCUAGUAGGAACUACUCGGCGAGUCGACCUUUCCUCUUCAUGGCUAGUGGAACCAAGGGUCUCCCCUCAAGCUCGUUCAUCGGUGCAAGCCCUCCUAUGGGAGUAGAAAUCAAUGGACAUUUCUAUGUUGGAAUGAAGUUCAUUGGUCGUGGAGGAUCCUGUAAAGUUUAUGAGGCAACGGAUUCUAAUGGCUUGUGCGUUGCCAUUAAAGUUGUGGAUCUCCAAGGAUUGGAACCAGAAUUUGCUGCAGAACACCGGAAUGAAGUUAUGAUUCUAUCGAAGUUACAACAUUCAUCCCGAAUCGUGAAACUUAUUGAGUAUGAAUUAAAGGAGCAAGAGAAUAUCUUGUACGUGGUUUUGGAGAGAGGAGAGUUGGAUUUCGGUGUUUAUCUGCAACAAAGUAAGGGAAAAUUGCAUCGCCUAGAAAUCAAAUAUUUAUGGUGGCAAAUGUUGUCAGCCGUUAAGGAAAUACAUGCCGCUGGUAUCAUUCAUUCAGAUCUAAAGCCCGGGAAUUUUUUGAUGGUUUUUGGCAAGUUGAAACUCAUCGACUUUGGCAUUGCUUCCUCGCUUCGUCCAGACGUAACCAAAGUUACGCGGCUCGGCAAAGCAGGAACCUAUAAUUUUAUUAGUCCCGAAGCCAUAUCUGAAGUCGCGUAUGACGGAGAUGGAGAAGCCGCGAUUAAGAUUGGAAUCAAAAGUGACGUUUGGUCGCUUGGAUGUAUCCUCUACCUCAUGGUUUUUGGAAUGCCACCAUUCGGACAUAUUGUGAAAAUAUCGGACAAAGAAAAGGCCAUUUGCAAUCCUAAUCAUCUUAUCCCUAUCCCACCGAGUGGAAAAAGUUGUGAAAGUGACGUUGCUGACGUGCUACGACUUCUGGAAAAUUGUCUUCUUGAGGCCCUUAAUAAUGCGCUGUCGGCAAACGUAAUAGGCGAAGUCAAGAUCUCUGCCCGCAUUGAGAGUUAUUCGUGCAAGAUGGUCGGCCCGGACAAGCACUUGUACAAGCGAAUGAUUUCCGAAGGAAGCCCACGAGACCUGCAGGCCCUUUCUCCGCCCGCCUCGGCAACAUUCAUCUCGUCCAGCCCCGGAACUAGACAGCACCAUGCGUCCGGCGACUCUGGAUCAGCGUCUGAAGACAACGCUUGCGGCGGCGUCCUUUGCGACGCCAUUAGCAAGCGUACGUUGUGCUAUCUGAAGGCGACGCUGAACGCGAGUUUCAGUCCGGAUUACGACUUUUCGGAGGCCAAGUCGGAAGAGUUUAGCAGAGAACCUUCGCCGUCGUUCGUGAUGUCUUCGGUGGACACGACUAUGAAUGCGACUAUGGCGGCUGUCUAUUGCCCGAUCAGGGACGCCGUUUGGAACGCGAUCGACAGAGAGAUUCAGAUGAGUGAUUGCGAAGUUUACAGCUACAACCCGGAUUUGUGCUCGGAUCCGUUUGGAGAAGAAGGUUGUCUCUGGUCCUUCAACUACUUCUUUUACAAUAGGAAAUUGAAGAGAGUGUUAUUCUUCGCCUGUCGAGCUCAUAGUCCGAGUAACAACGAAUUCUUCGACGGCGUUGAUGUCGAUGAAAUGGACGAUUUCAUGCUGGAGAAUUGAAAGAAACGAGAAAGGGUUGCAGACUCACGACGUCAUCGUUCCUUGCUUCGGAUUUUGGUAAUCAUUUGUCGUCGUACGGCGCCAGUGGUGAGGUGAUAGCUUUAGCUUGCCUUCUAGUAGCCGAAACGCGCGUCAUUCUGUUUUUUUUCUUUCGAAAGUUAAUUUUUCUUUCUUCUUUUUCGGAAAAGGCUCUUGAAUUAGUCAAUUCUCUGUUGAUAAAAAAAUUUUCAAUUCAAGCGUCAGCUAAAACAAUCGUCGCGACCUCAUUCAAUGUACAAUACAGUAUGUACCUGGAAACAGACACUCAAAUUUGUUGAUAUGUCGAGACCAUUAAAAAAAAUAUCCGAAUCACUUUCUCAAGCAUAUAAUCGCGCAAAAUUUUCUUCAGUUUUUAGUGGGUUGAGGUGGAAUUGAAAACCCAACGUAUUAACUUCGGGAGAAAAGAGAAAUCCGUCCGGGAAAUUUUUUAAUCUGCCACAAAUGGAGAUUGACCAUAGCAUUUUCUUCAGAUGCUGGGGACGAAGAUUGUGGCUUCAUAACUGGUUUGUCGAAUUUUAAUUUAAUUGCUUGAGCAUCCUGGGUUGGUUUGGAGAGAUUUAUUUUUUUUCUUCCAUGUUGGAAGUUUAUAAUAUUGUUAUUAUUCAAUUGAAGUCAGGUCACGGUAGACUCGACACUUCGAGUCCGAAUUUCGAGUCUUCUUUGGUGGUCUCAUAUCGAACAAAUCUGGCUGACGUACUUAGUCAAGAGUCAUUUGAACGUUUUCCUUCGUGUCUAUGAAUCACUCUGGAUAGAGAUCUAAGGCGAAAUUCCAUCUAAUAAAAUUUGGCCUCGGAGCUUUUAUAUCAUUAUGAAGAGGCAAGCUGUUUUUUUAUUUUAUUUAUUUUUUAUCACCGGGUGCGAAAGAAAAAAGUUGGUACAAAGUAUCCUCAUGGACACAAUCGUUUUAAUGAUGGCAACGCUUACAAAGACGGAAAACGAACUGCGUUCCAUGAGUUUUUUGGAUCGAAAUUUGGUUCUUUUUGUAUCCUGGCUAGGUCGCAUUUUUGAUGAGAUUCAAACUUUCUCCCACCUCUGUGCUGCGCAGUUGAUCGAAUCUGAAGGAAGAGACGUGACUUUCAUUUACCUGGGUUAGUGAUAGUUUGAGUGCGUCAUUUUCGAUGUGUUUCUUCAUUUUCCCCUUUUUCUACGCAUUGUGAAUAUGCUUCCGCAGUUCUCCAAAUACUCUAUGCUGCUGUCGAAUUUCAACAGACACUUCGCGUUGAGAUUUCUUGAAAUCUUAUGGGGAAAUCAUAUUCGUUCGGGUCUUUCGAGUCCAUUUUAAAAUUUUGAGAAAGGUUGUGACUAAGUUUUUCUUAAAUCCUAACGCUGCCCGAGUCGUGGAGGUGUGCGCGCUUCAACGAGUUUUAUUUUCUUCUUUUUUUUUGCUUUUUCAGUCUUCUGAUCCGAAACGUUGGAAAGAUUUUGUCGUGUCUCCGAAAUGCAAAAAGAAUGUAACAGUUCGUAAUUUUAAAUGGGUUUCACUUGUGGAACGUGUGCAUUUUGUGCCGAAAGUUCCUAAAAGCGAGCUCCGAUUUGCUCUCUCAUUAGGAGCAUGGUUUCGCUACAAGAGGAAAAAUCAGAUUUUUUCCGGAAUCCUAGAGUAUGUUCAAGGAAUUCGUGGCGCGAUUUGCCUUUUUUGAAAAUUUUUUGUCGCUUGAACGCGGCCGUUUUUUUGUUAAUUUUUUGAGCGUCGUGCACGGAUCUUUCUGUUGUUGCCAGUUCGUUGGCUAAUCCGUUUCCAUCAUUAGGAUUUGGAAAGCCUUCGUAUUUCUGCAGUCAACAGGGAUUGUGUCGGCGGUGAAUCGCGCCUAGACGACUCAAGUUGCCGGAAGGAGAAGCACCGAGAAGUGGCUUUUUUUCUGGACUGGGGAGUGUUAUGCAGAAAUGUCCAGAUCCAUGAUUGACUCGCUAGCUUCCGAGUUUUUCGUAAUUCAAGUUUGAGAACUUGUUGUUUUUGCCGUAGUUUCUGAAAACCAAAUGGGAGGAACGCAUGGAGUAUUUAAUCGUCAAAUGUAUUGGAAACGUCCAUCUUCAGCCUGAAAGUAUGCUCGUUGCUAAACUCAACGAAGUGUAACUUCUUGGAAUUUUAACGAAGUGUAACUUUCACACUUUUCAUCAUUCUGGAAGUCGUUGAAGGUCACUUUAUAAGCUUCAAUGGAAAAAUUGUCGGUUUCUAAAUUAUCCUGGGAAUUCCAUAGUCUUAGUCUAAGCUCGCGAUUCUUUGCUCUCAGAACUCGCCAAAAUUCCUUUUUCGGAAUUUUUGUAGGAAGUGAAGAAGAAUGUUCCUCAAGUUUUUUUAAAUUAGCAACUGAUAUAUUGACCAAGUGUUAUUCAUUCGGCUCUUGUUAUUCUUGAGCUAUUCAUCUUCCAGUGGUAAUCCGUUUGGUUAUUUUGAGAUCGACGGUUUGAAAAUAUUUGGAGCUUUCGGGGAAAAUCGCGAUCAUGGCAUUUACUGUACCCCUGUCUGGAUAAUUUUUUACUCCCCGUUCCCCGUGCGAAUCGUCAAGUCCCUUUUUUCAAAAAGAGGAAUAAUACCGUACGAGUCUCGCCAAAAAAACUUCCCACCGGGAAUAGACGCGAAGAAAGCGUGAUACCGCAGGUGGAUCCGCUUCUUUUUCCCCCCUACUUCAGCGUCAAUUGUCCUGAAGCUGCCAAGAGGAAGUGAGCUAGUUUUUCCCCCCACUUGUCGAUUAUGCUUCGUCGAUCAUUCAAAUCCUCAAAUCGGGCCUUUGGGGAUAAUUUUUGGCGGACCGAGAAGCAUGCGGCGGUUUUUUUUUCCUUUUGGGAAUGCGAUCUUCCUCUGAAGGCGAGCGAGUGGCGAAAGUUUGCAAAUUUUUUCCCCUGAGAUCCCUCCCCAAUGCGCCUGUUCGGCUUGCUUCUCCGAUGGCUUUGUUUUUUUGUUUAUUUUGCAGAGUUGAAAAUUUUGUGUCGGAUUCUUGCUAAAAAAAAACUUUUUCGAGCCUAUUUAGCUCGCCUGUUCCGAAUGGAAAAUCUAAGCAGUAAAAUUGUUCCCCAUUUAAUAUCCCGUGCGGAAAACACCCUCUAGAAACGCAAGUUUUUAGUUCCUUUUCCUUGCUGUGCGUGUCUGUACAAGGGAUAAGAAAUCACGCGGGGGUUCAUGUGGAAAACUAAGCUGUUCAUUUCGUAUUGUCGGUGUAUCAAGUUUUGAUUGGAAGUGUGAAUGUAGAACCCAGUCAACUUGCCAGUGUAAACCUAACAAGAAUAUUACCAAAAAUGUAUAUUGGAUUUGCUUAUGUUUAGUAUCGUGUAUGGUUUCUUGAUGUGGCUUACGAGUAUGUGUGAAAAUCGAGAAUUGACGAUAUUGUUCGGUUGCCUGUGUAUGAUGAAUGUUUUGUCCGAAGUUACAUUGCGAUGGAUCACAUGUGUCGGAAAGAAUGAUCUUAAAUUUCUA